GUUCGAUCCCAUUGUUUCCUCACCUCCGCCCUUGCUCUACUUCAACUCUCCUUCAGGAAAAUAUGGUGUGAAUCGGUAACGUUCAAUGGUCAUUGAGUUAUUCAACAAUUACAGCCCUCGCUGUGCAAGUCCCUCUUUUCCUUUCCAGGAACCGCGACAAUGCGCGAAGUUACUGCCCUCCUUUUAAACUCCAGAUCGGGUUCAUUCAUGCGUCUGCGCCCGAUCUACCCGUCUCUUCCGCGAUGCACUUGCGUCCCUAAUUCUCUGCGCUCGUUCUCCCAUCAUUCUACUACGGCCCCUACUCUAAAUGGAACAUAUCCGCUUAGAAACCGUACGAUAUCUCGUGGAGAUUUCAACUCACAAUCUGCUUCCAGCGAGCAUGACCUUCUCCUUCCUUCAUCGUCUACAGCGUCGUUCUCUACCAGCUCACGACUCUCGGACCCUGGUGACUGGGAAGAUAACGCGAACCUGGCAAUAGAUGCAUUCUCGGAGCUCCCUUCCAAAGACUUUGGUGUCAAUCAACACAUGCUCAUCAACCAAGAGUUUAAAGAAGCCUUACGCCAAAUCCUUUGGCAAUUCCGAGCACCAAUCCGAUAUGCAUUUGCCUAUGGCUCAGGAGUCUUCACCCAGUCCGGCAGUGCUCCUGGCUCCGGCCAGUGUCACCCGUCUGCUCCGGCUGCGAUCAAGAACAUGCAACAAGGUCAGGGUAAGAUGAUUGAUUUUAUCUUCGGAGUGUCGUACUCCCAACAUUGGCAUUCAUUAAACCUCCAUCAACAUCGUGACCACUACUCUGGAUUGGGGUCUUUAGGGUCUUACGCUGUCGCUCAAACGCAAGAUAGGUUCGGCGCUGGUGUUUACUUCAACCCGUAUAUCACCGUUAAUGGCACGUUGAUCAAAUAUGGCGUUGUCAACCUCGACACGUUAUGUCGUGAUCUCAGCCAAUGGGACACACUAUACCUUGCGGGGCGGUUACAAAAGCCGGUUAAGAUUCUGCGUGACCAUCCCAAGGUUCGGCUAGCAAACCAAAUGAACCUGCUGUCUGCCGUCCGAGUGGCAUUACUGCUCCUGCCGGCUGAGUUCACGGAGUUCCAGCUCUACAGUACCAUUGCAGGAAUGAGCUACAUGGGAGACCUUCGCAUGGCAUUGCCAGCAGAGGAUCCUCGUAAGGUUAACAAUAUUGUUUCAGGUCAGAUGGCCAACUUCCGGCGGCUCUAUGCACCGCUCAUCGAAACCCUACCUAAUGUCACGUUCAACGACAAACGGUGCACCGAAGGCGAUUGGAUCGAUGAUCCUAAUGCCAAUGUGAAGCUAACCCAAGAUAUGGACCCAGUAAAGCGUGGUAAUAUGGUCCGCCGUCUUCCGGAUGCAUUCCGAGCGAAGCUGUACUUCCAGUAUCAAACCCGCUUCCAAAUACCUCGCGGGGACUUCAACAAAAUGAUGAAGGAAAGCAAUGAUGCCGACCAGGCAUUAGUACGGCGGAGACAAGGCGGUCCCUUCGAGCAGCGUAUCGCAAGUGACGAUAGCCUGAAGCAGGAAGUACAAGCUUCGAUCACGAAGACCAUUCGCUGGCCCAGCACUGUCCAGUCGGCCAAAGGUCUAGUCACCUCCGGAAUUGGCAGGACCUGGCGCUACCUACGGGAAAAGCAAAAUAAGUACAAGACUUCAGGCAAACAUGCCAGCCCUCCGAGCGAGGAGUCGACAGAGAAAGCGCCAAAGCAGGAAUAGAUAAUUAUCAUUAGUGUCAUAGCUCUCACUGAAGCAUGGCUUGCCAACAGGCGGCCCUAGACAUCAUACAAGGCAUAUCAAGGCGUUGUGUUGGUUUGACAUAUGUGCUCGAGUUUUCCCAUCCUUCCCUUUCCAUUUCGCCGCUCUUGGCUCAGCCACACUGUAGGGACAGCUGGGACAAGAAACAUCACAAUGUACAUAGAUGACUACGUUUAAGAUAGACUAGCUCAGAAGGCUAUAUAUAGCAGUACGGCCACGAAAAGCU